AUGUCUGUCCCCACGCCGUCCAAGGCAGUAUCGGGACAUUGCGCGGCCAUCAACGAUGAUAUCCUGUACACCUUCGAUUCGGACGCCUUUCAAUCGCUGCACAUCAAGGAGAAUGCAACUUGGUCGGAGGAGGAGAGCGGGCAACCAGUAUCUGGACCCGCGUGCGUAAAAGUCGUACCAGAUGGAGACGAGUCGAGUUCAGCGCUCUACGUAAUUGGAGGAGAUACUGACGAUGGAGAAUACCCUGGACUGCAAAGAUACUCCUUUGGCAACAAGACAUGGGAAACACUUUCACCUGUGGCCGCAGAUGUGCUGCAAACGCGGACAAACCACAGCGCGGUGUAUCUCAAGGACUCGCACUCGAUACUGGUCUACGCUGGCUCACAGACGAAUGCUCCAUCGCUUCUAUCAUCACAAACGUUUCUAAUUGCCACGGAACCGCCUUACAACAUCCAAUCGUUCAUUUCAUACGCACCGCCCGCCAGCAACCCGAUAUUACAACCUUGGAAUAGCAGCCAUGCGGUCAUGGUAGGAGGACAGGAGACGAAUACUGCAGUUUGGCUGUUUAGCCCUGACAAUGGCUGGAAACAGCAUAGCACAGACCUGUCUCAGCCUUUGGAUCCAGCAGCGCGAGCUAUAAUCGUUGAUGGAACAGAUGGCAGCAAAGUUCUACAAGUCUACGAUCUCAAUGUCUCGCCCAAUACAGCGCAAGGCAUCGUUCUUCUCGGUGCAGGGGGCCAACCUGCAUCAACUGGACAGACUGUUGGCAGCGAGUCAUCUUCGUCUUCGAGAAAACGCAAACGAGACCUUACCCUGGACAACUGGCCGUCAUACAACGACACCAAUGCGCCGACCUCCACACGAACCGACUGCUCACUUACACGGAAUUCAGACGGAUUGGUGGUAAUGGCAGGAGGGAAUGAAGAUAAUCCCCUCGCCAUGUACGACGAGAAAGACAACUCCUGGGUUGAUGCCGGCAAGUUCUUCAACCGCGACGUACAACAACCCUUGCAGCCGAGUUCAAGUGCAACGAGCAAACCCACUCCAACGGAAUCGGUGCCAUCAUCAUCGACGACUGCAGCUGCUGGAUCUGGGAGUGGCGAAUCGUCUCAUGAUAGAACCAUGAGGACGCUUGGCAUUACCUUGGGAGUUCUCUGUGGUAUUGCCGCUAUAUUUAUCCUGGUGCUGCUAUACCUUCGAUGGCGCAAGCUACAAGCGAGGAAGAAGAAUGGCGGUGGUGUUGAGGAGAAGGACGGCGACGGCCAAGGCGACCGCAUGAGUUUCCAGGACCGAGGAGCAUCGUUCAUGAAGGAGGCUGGAAUAUCAAGUUCAGAACUAGCGCCGCCGAGCGCAGCUCGAUACAACCAGCAGAACAACUCGCACAGUUCCCUGGCUAUCAUUGCUGGUAAGAUCGGCAAUCGAAAUAUCGGCCAUGGAGCCAAGGACAGCUUCGAAAGUACGACGCACCUUGUUAAGGACAAGAACGGUAAUGUCGUUCCGACCGAGAACCACGAGAUGAUGGAUAUAGGUGAUAAGAUUGCCGCGGCCAAAGCCUCAAACCUCGCCAUACCGGGAGCUGCGCUUGACAGAGAGACGAGGGACGGGAGGAAGAGGAGCUCUGGCUGGUCGAAAUACUUUGCCACGAGCGCACCUACUGGGCCUAACGGGCUGUCUCACCUACCUUCAGCUUACGCCAACAACAAGCCAAACACGACGAGCGUUGGUUCUGAGUACUCACAAGAUCGUGAUGCUUCUUCAGAAUCACGAAUACCGUCAUCUGCGCUUGUGCCGCCCCUCGAUGUGGACUUCAGCAAGACCGUGGACGGACAGCGGCUAUCGCACGUUGCACAAGGCUCGCCGGCCUUCUUCGAUUCACGGGAAGAUUUCGCGAGAAGGGGAAGCAGUUUCGACGUACAGGACGGUCAACGAGGUGUCAUUGUUGACCCUGCGCGAAAAUCGCAGGCCACCAGCAUCGACUCCUUCGGCGCCAGGUCAACCCUGAGUAGCACACUGUCAAGUCAGUUCUACAACGAGUCUGGUCACACACCCUGGACGCCCAUGAGUGGAGAUCGAGCAACGAGCAGCGUGUACACCGAGAGCGUAAAUGACGGGCGUAGCAGAAGACCCUCACGAGGGAAAGGAGGAGCAGGCUUCUUUCCAGGAGCUGGCACGAACUACAGGCCACCCAAGAUCAAGCUCAGCCAUGCCGCCGGCCCGUCUGCAGAAUGGGCUUCGCCCAAGAUGCCUGCAGCGCAGCCUGCCCAAGACCGCGAUAGUACCGUGACCGUCUUCCCGGGCGCCAACUACCUCGAGGAGCGCAGCAACAACAGGAGAGAAAGCGCCAAGCCAGCGGCACAAUCACAACAAGCUGGAGCUGGAGCCCAUCGUCACUCCCAGUCACAGCCGAUCAACACAGACAUGAGUUGGCUGAACCUUGGACUGGGUAAGAGCCAGUCAUAA